UUUACCUUCAUUGCAGAGCAAGCUCAAAUGAUUGGUCUAACCUGCUCUGAGCGCUGUUACUGGGUGCUGUGAGGGGAGCCAGGAGACAUCCGAACCAAGACAUGAGAGUAUCAUUCUAUUUCCCAGGAUGGCAUGUACUCAUGACAUUAAUACUACCUGAGCCUUCUGAGUCACUGGAUUGCAGGAUGGAGUGACCUAUGAUGAUCUGCAUGUGAACUUCACUGAGCAAGAGUGGGCUUUGCUGGAUCCUUCUCAGAAGAGUCUCUACAAAGAUGUGAUGCUAGAGACCUAUAGGAACCUCACUGCUAUAGGCUAUAAUUGGGAAGAUAACAAUAUUGAAGAAAAUUGUCAAAGUUCUAGAAGACAUGGAAGGCAUGAACGAAGUCAUACUAAUAAGAAACCUUACAAAUGUAAUCGAUAUGAUAAAGCCUUUUCACAAAACCAUCAUCUCCGAAUGAAUAAACGAACACGUACUAGAGAGAAAACUUAUGAAUGUAAUCAGUGUGGUAAAGCCUUUGCACGUCACAGUCAUCUUCAGUGUCAUGAAAGAAUUCAUACUGGAGAAAAACCCUAUGAGUGUAAUCAGUGUGGGAAAGCCUUUUCGUGGUACUGUAGUCUUCAAAAUCAUAAAAGAAUUCAUAGUGGAGAGAAACCCUUCAAAUGUAAUCUAUGUGAGAAAGCCUUUUCACAACAUAGUAGUCUCCAAAUACAUAAAAGAACACAUACUGGAGAGAAACCUUAUGAAUGUGAUCAAUGUGGGAAAGCCUUUGCACGUCACAGUCGUCUUCACAGUCAUGAAAGAAUUCAUACUGGAGAGAAACCGUAUGUAUGCAAUCAGUGUGGUAAAGCUUUUGCACAUCACAGUAAUCUCCAACAACAUAAAAGAACACAUACUGGAGAGAAACCUUAUGAAUGUGACCAAUGUACUAAAGCCUUUGCAUGUCACAGUAGUCUCCAAAAACAUAAAAGAACACAUACUGGAGAGAAACCCUAUGAAUGUAAACAAUGUGGGAAAGGCUUUACACGUCACUAUUAUCUUUCAGUACAUAAAAGGAUACAUACUGGAGAGAAACCUUAUGAAUGUAAUCAGUGUGGUAAAGCCUUUGCAUGUAACAGUUUUCUUCUAACACAUAAAAGAACACAUAGUGCAGAGAAGCACUAUGAAUGUGAUCAGUGUGAUAAAGCCUUUGCAUGUCACAGUUUUCUCCUGACACAUAAAAGAACACAUACUGCCGAAAAACACUAUGAAUGUGAUCAAUGUGUUAAAGCCUUUUCAUGUCAGAGUCAGCUCCUAAUCCAUAAAAGAAUACAUACUGGAGAGAAACCUUAUGAGUGUAGUCAAUGUGGUAAAGCUUUUGCAUAUCACAGUAGUCUCCAACAACAUAAAAGAACACAUACUGGAGAGAAACCUUAUGGAUGUAAUCAGUGUGGUAAAGCUUUUGCACGUCACAGUCAUCUUAAAAGACAUGUAAAUAUGCAUAAUGGAGAGAAACCAUAUUCAUGUAAUCAAUGUGGUAAAUCAUUUGCAAGUUACAGUAAUCUCCAAAUACAUAAAAGAACACAUACUGGAGAGAAACCCUAUGAAUGCAAGCAAUGUGGUAAAGCCUUUACACAUCAGCGUUAUCUCCUAAUACAUGAAAGAACACAUACUGGUGAGAAACCCUAUGAAUGCGAUCAAUGUGGUAAAGCAUUUACAUGUCAUAGUUAUCUCCUGAUACAUAAAAGAUCACAUACUGGAGAGAAACCCUAUGAAUGUGAUCAGUGUGCUAAAGCCUUUAUAUGUCAGAGUUACCUACUGAUACACAAAAAAACACAUACUGGAGAGAAAUCCUAUGAAUGUGAUCAAUGUUCUAAAGCAUUUACACGCCAUAGUUAUCUCCUAAUACAUAAAAGAACACAUACUGGAGAAAAACCUUAUGUAUGUAAUCAGUGUAGAAAAGCCUUUGCACAUCAUACUCAACUUCAAAGGCAUGAAAGAAACCAUAUUAUACAGAAACCUUACAAAUAUAAAAUCAUGUGAUCAAGUGUAAUGGCAUGUAAAAGCCUUUAUGUCUGGCUUUAAGUGAAAUGUAUAGUAAAUCCUUUAUUCUGGCAUUGAGUAAAAUGUUUUAGGAAAGCCUUUGCUAUAUUUGGAUUAAUAAGUCGAUGUUGAGAAAUUGUUUUGAGAUUGUUUGAACUUUCAAGGAAUGUCUCUUUGGAGAAUCUGCAUUCGGUUCUGUGUGGAAGCUUUAGCUGCACAGAACUUGAUCCUAAGACACUCCUAGGUAACCUGGUGUUCUUUUUUGAUUAUGGCUAGGAUUGAAAUUUGUGUAGGCUGUCUGCUCUCAUGGAUGGAAAGAGGACGAUAACUUGGGUAGGUGGAACUUUUUCCAGCCCCAGUUACCUUGUAUGAGGCUUAAAUAAUUUAAGUGGGGUGAACUAGCUGGGUGUCAAGUCUUUUCCAAUAUGCCGGAACCUCUCUUCUCCUUUGGAAAAUGAAGGCAUAGCAUCUUGGUGAGCUUCUCUCUCUACUUUGGCACCCACAAUGAGUACUAAACAAUAAUGAAGCAUUUUUACAAUGAGGUAGCUUCCAAAUACAUAAAAGAAUACAUACCUGAGAGAAACCCCACCAAUGCAAUUGUUGUAAAAAAGCAAAAAUCCCAAAUGUUCAAUUUGAUCAAUGAAGACUCAGGAGCCAGAUGCUGGGGUAACAGCCUCUUAGCUCAGAGAGGCAGAGAAAACACACAGCUGACCUUCCUACUCAGCCAGCAUCCUAGAAGAAAAAAAAUGUCUUCCUCCUGUUCCAUGCUCUUUAACACCUUCCAACUCAAUCAAUGUCCCUUCUUUCUACUUUCUCUUGUUUUCUUAUGUUUACUCCCUGUUAACUGGUUGGUUGAUCUGCCUCUUGACCCUGGGUUGAUGUUAUUUAAUCUUGUUUCAAGAAAGCUCUUGGAUUAAAGAUGUAUGCUAGGGCUGAGCCAACCUCAACUAGAAACAGUUUUUUUCCAGAACACAAUCCAGGGGUUCACAAUGUGAUCAAAUAUCCUGAUACAUGUAGCCAAUGUAGUCAAAGCCUUGCAUAUCAGAGUAGUUUCCAAAUACAUGAAAGAACAUAUAUUGGAGUGAACCCUAUGAAUGUAAUCAAUGUGGUAAAGGCUUUUGCUUAGCACAGUCAUAUCAAAAUCAUGAGAGAAUUCAUAUUGGAGAGUAACCAACACUAUGAAUGCUAUGUGUGGUAAUGUUUUUGCACAUCAAGUUAGUUUUUUAUAUCGCAAAAAAAUUCACACAAGUGUAACAUCUUUAGUAUAUAAUCAAUAUGUUAAACACUUGGUUGUCACAAUAGUACAUGUCACAGUAGUCUCCAUAUAUGUAAAAGAAUACAUACUGGAAAGAAACCUUACAGAUGUAAUCAAUGUGAUAAAACCUUUUCACUUUACAGUAGUCCUCAAAGGCGUAAAAAUUCAUACUAUAGAGAUGCCUUCCAAAUGAUUGUAUUGAAGAUUUUGAUUGGCUUUAAAAUAUUUUAAAAGUAAAAUUUUAAACCUUUGUUUCUAUCUUUGAGUAAAAUUUUGCAGCAGAGCUUUUGCUUUAUUUGGAUUAGACAGUAGAGGCUGAGAAAUUGUCUCGAGAUUGAACAUUGAAGAAAUGUUGUCUCCCUGGAAAAUCUGCACUUGGUGCUACAUGGUAACUUGCAGCUGUACUGUCUUUGGUCCUAAGAUACUCCUGGCAAAUGUGGAGUUCUUACCUGUGGGUUUUUUGCUCUUAAAGGCAGCAAAAGGCAAAAUAACUUAGGUAGUUUGAAUCUUUCCCAACCCCAAUUAACCUUGUAUAAUGUUUGAAUAAAAUAAAUGAAACGA